AUGGAUACUGUAAAGCCCAUGAGGAUUUUCAAACACAUGUGGGCCCGCAGAUCUCGCCCAUCUGAAAGACUCAAGCUCGGACUUAAAUCAAGUGGAACCCAGCCCACGGCGUCCUGCAAUAAACUAUCGUUUGAUGCUCUCAACACCAUUCUACCUAUUGAUUUAUUAAUUGAGAUGGAGAAUGGAAAGCAGGGAGGAAUCGUGUGCGUUGUAAUUGUUGCAGCAACCACAUAA